GUUGGUAUGAGAUUCACGGGGUUUACGGGGAAUGAGGAACCUAUAGGUAUGAGGUUCCAUACCCAAGUUACCUCAACCAAACAACUUUAUCAGUUUUGAUUUAAUCACAUAUUCACAUGAAUUUCAUUCGUUCCUUAACCUCCAACCAAACACACCCUUAAACAUGGAAGCUUGUAUUUAGCAUGUCAAGUAAAUGACAUUUGGCUCUUGAAUGCUGCUUUUGAUUUCUGUGCUCCUUAACAAAUGAAAAGACAUGCUUCAAACUCCCAAGUCCUCUCUUUGUUUCCGCAUCUUCAGGAUGGAACUUGGAAGUAUCGGAGAUUUAAAAUUCUCUGCAAUCUAUGGAUGUAUAGUGUUUCCUUGUGACCCUAAUUUCUAAUUUGACCUUGCUGGAGAUGCUCGACAUUGGAGUCUGUGUAGUGUUCUAGUCAACUGUUUGUCAGGAGAUUCACAAUUGACUUUCUGAGCACCUUUACCUGGUCAGUUUCCAUUACAUUAUUAUAUCUUCUCGUUCUUUUCUGCUCUUUUUUCUAUCCACUAUGUUUUUCUUCAGAGCAGCAUUGCAUUGCACUUUACGGAAGGGGUUAUGGUUGUUUUAAUGUUUCAAAGCAAGACUUAGACUCCGUGUAGUCCUCUGUCCCUCCAAGAGGAGUUCUAUACUCGGUUUUUCUCAUCGUCUGUUUACAUAUGAAACAGUUUUCAUUACCUCCUUUACGUAUUCUGUUUUAGAUUAUGAGAUAACUUUGCUCUUACUCUGGUUACUGGUACUAGCUAUGCUUUCUUUGAUUUGAUUGUUUUCCCAGUUAUUGAUUGUUCGUCUUCUAGUGGUCUUCCUUUGAUCUGUUUGUACCUCUGUAAUUGGAUGGGAAUAUUUUUGAGGCAUUAAAGUUGAUGUAGCAUGUCCAGUUACCAAAAAGAUCACUCAUAACAGUAUGCUGUCAGAUUGGGGAUGAUAGUUGCUAGAGCAUAAACAGAGUAGAGGUGGUGGUUGGUACUCAGUAUUGCACUAUUGACAUUCUAUUUUAAAGAUGUUCUCUCUGUUUGGAUUUUGGAAUCUUCUACAUUCGAGUUAUUGGUUGAUAAAUGUAACAAAUGUAAACUCAGUUACUCAUACACUUUGAUGUAGAAGCUAGAUUUCCUUUUUCUCUCUCUUUUGAUUAGGAAAGCGGCACAUACCAGGGGGUAGCGACUGUUUAUUAAAAACACAGGACUCUGCUAAGAAUCUUUCAGACUAGCAGACUUGCUUUCUUGUCCUCGGCCUUCAGCUGUGAUGCAUCCAGCACAUUGUAUGGAGUGCAAGAACAAAGGGUUGUUUUAUUCAUGUGUUUGCGUAUUUUAAAGGUGUAGCUAUGCUUGGAAUUUUCAAGUGGCGAUAAUAUAUCUGUGCAAGGAAAAUUCCAGCUUUCUGAAUGACCUGAAUGUUUAGUUUGUGUUCAAAACCUAAUAUUUGGUUGUAUUCUAUAUCUCUUGUUGUCAACUGAACACUGUUGGAUAAUUCAUAUAUUAUACUUCCUGCACAGAGAAUAUCAUCAAGCUCCUGUGUUUGACUAAUCCGAGUUCUCUUCUUUCUGGAGACAAAGGAAUGCUGACCAUUUCUUUGAUUUUUGGAUAAAGUUCUCUUCAAUGUGCUUGUUCACAUGGGAAUUGAAGUUUGGUUGUUAGACGUACUUGCAGAUAUUUACCAUAUGCUACAUUACUUUCAUCUCAUAUUAGCACUGUCAAUGUGUGUCAAAUUCCUAUCAGAAAAUGGUGUAAACAGUAAGUUCAAGGCGGCUUAUCCUGAAUUUUCUCUUGGAAAUAGUUUGCAUUGAGGAUGGUUGGAGGAAUGUUCCCUCUACAAUAUAAGGGGUUGACUUCUGGUUUGAAUUUUAAACAUAUGCGAUUUCAGCCCACUGUUUAACUAAAGCUAUUUCUUUAUAAUUGCCUGGAGCAUGUGUGCUGUGCAAAAUUAUUUGACUUGGUCCUGUGUCUGCUGGAAAGUAGAAGAUGCCGCUUAGUAGUUUUCGAGCACAGAUACACUCAUACACAGAUGUUUUUUGGUCGAGUACUGGGCUGGAUGUUAAGGAAUAUCAGGCACUCAGACUGGCAGGCUUAUGAGCUCUGUUUAAGGAUAACUUUUCUGAAUCUGAGCAUACCUUCAAUAUGGAUGUUUGCUGAUGGUAUGUUUCUGGUUUGACUUGGGCUUAAGACCACGUGUUUUUGUUUCUCCAGAGCUUCAGCUGCACAGUUCUUAACUUCUUGUAAGACCUGGAUGAGUGGAUGUCACCCCCCUUUAUGGAAAUGAUAGACUGAUAGCUGCAGGCGGAACCAGUCUGAUCUUGGUGGUGUGCGCCGAGCUAGUUUGAAAUGAUUAGUUCAACUUGUAUUACUAACCCUUCGUGUUGCUUCCUACCAAAAAGUCCGACGAGCCUUUUAUAAUUGGGCCAACCAUAGCUGUAUGGAUCCUUUUUUUCUUCCUUUGCUGUCUUGAGUUAGCUUAGGUCACGGGUGAACCUAGCCAUAUUGGUUUGAGGGCAUCGACUGGGCCUGCCUCAGCAGUCAUGGGUACGACUGAGCCAAAUCCCGAGCCAGUUCCUUGCUGACCUGACCACUUGAUUACCUCUAUCUUUCGUUUAGUUCUCCACUUCUGAUGAUAUUUUAAAGAGUUAGUGGAGAGAAAUUCAAAUGUAAGCUGCCCACAACCAACUACUUUUCUGUUCUUGCAGUAGUUACUUUGACAAGUAAUGUGCCAAAUAUCUUUGACCACUUAUAUUAUGGCGUGGUGUAAAACAAAAUUUUGGUUUUGUAGGAUGUACUAUGUAGAUUGUCCUUUUUUUUGAAGCCAGAAGCCAUUGUUGCUGUAAGUUUAAGUUUCCUGCAACAAGUGAGCUACUCACAGCAAAUUCCCACCUACCCUUCCCCCUAACAUUGCUAACACUUUUGGUAUUUUUUCUACCAAGGUGACAACAUAACAGAAAUUUUCUCCUUUCUGUUGUAGCUAUCCUUAAUACAUAGGAUCUCUGUGUUUACAUUUACUAAUAUCCUUGGUAAUCUACAUAUUCCUGCAUCCUGUUCCGCGGAGAGCAGAAACUAAAUGGCGAAGGAAGGUGUCUCCGCAGCCUUUUAUAAGCUUAACCUGCAUUGCCCUGAAUGUGCUAAUAAGAUCAAGAGUCCCCUUUUGAAGAUCCAAGGAGUACGAAACGUGGAUGUGAACUUCGCGAAGAGUGAAGUAAAGGUCAUAGGAGUUAUCGAUUCGAAGAAGAUCCACCAAAGAAUAGAGAAAAUAAGCAAGAGGAAGGUGGAAUUGCUCAAAGUUGAAGCAAAUUACAAACACACUGUUGUAGUAGAGAAGGUUGUCAAGGAGACCAAAGAAGCAACUGUAUUCACCCAUAAAGUGAAGGCACAUUUGCAUUGUGAUCAAUGUGAGGCUGAUCUUCGUCGGAAGCUAUUAAGGCAUAAAGCAAUUUAUAAUGUAAAAUCUGAUAUGAAAGCUCAGACUAUGUUGAUUGAGGGGAGCAUUGAAGGGGAUAAAUUGGUAAAGCACAUACGAGAGAAGUUUCACAAACAUGCAGAAAUUGUAAGCGCCAAAGAAGUAAAGAAGGAAGUGAAGAAUGAAAAGGGAGAGAUAAAAAAAGUAGAGGAAACAAAAAACACAAAGAAAGUUAUUGAUGUUGAGGAAGUGAAAGAUGUGAAAGAGAAGCUUAAAGAAACUAACACUCCUUACAUAAUUCACUAUGUUUAUGCUCCUCAAUGGUUCAGCGACGAAGAUCCAAAUGCAUGUUACGUCAUGUAAACACUACCAAGUCACAAUUGUAUGUCCAACUUUUUUGUGAUUUGGGUACAACUUUAAGUCAGUUCUUUUUAUCUUAGUAUUAUUGUAUGAUAUUUAUCAUUACUUAUGAUGAGUUACUUUUUCAUUAUGAAUUCA